AACACAGUCACAAAGUUCAAUGGUCGCAGAAUAUGGUGUAACACCGGCGCUACCCGGAUGUUGUAUCCAUUAGCUUUGUGCUAGCUAUUGAUGGUGUCCACCUUCGAGCGGUCGUGAGAAUAUUUAGCGUUUGAUCCCAACCAAUGGAGAGUUCGGGAGUGUGUGAGAUUGAGUUGCCAAAGAGAAGAAUCAGCGGCAGUGAUUCUCUGACCCUGACUGAUCUGGCUAGUCCAUGCCAGGAGGAGGAGGUUUCUGGGUUCCAUUUAGGUUUGUGCGGCUCUGAGGAAGAGAGAGGGGAAACCCCGGGUAGAGAGGACAGUCCCAGUGACCUGGGGGAGGCAGAGCUUGAUCCUGGAGGAGAAUCAAAGACUGGAGACGACAAGGCGUUUGGAAAGGAGGUUGUACUUUUGAUGCAAGCGCUCAAUUCUCUGGCCACUCCUGAAGAGAAGCUGGCAGCACUAUGCAAGAAAUACGCAGAUCUGCUGGAGGAGAGCCGCUGCAUGCAGAAACAGCUGAAAGCCCUGCAGAAGAAGCAGUCUCAGAUUGUCAAAGAAAAGAUCCACCUACAAGGAGAACACAGCAAAGCCAUCCUGGCCCGCAGCAAGUUGGAAAGUCUCUGCAGAGAACUUCAGAGACACAACAAAACACUCAAGGAGGAGAAUGCCCAGCGGUCUCGAGAGUAUGAAGAACAACGUAAGGAGGCCAUGCUCCACUUCCAGAUGACAUUGGGUGAUAUUGAAGUGCAGAUGGAACAGCACAGCUCACACAAUACCAAGCUGAGGCAGGAGAAUAUGGAGCUAGCUGAGAAGCUGAAAAAGCUCAUUGAGCAGUAUGAGCUCAGAGAGGAGCACAUAGACAAAGUGUUCAAGCACAAGGAGCUGCAGCAGCAACUGAUGGAUGCCAAGCUGCAAAGAAUCACUGAGAUGAUGAAAGAAGUGGAGGAGAAACAGCAGCGAGAGAGAGAGUUUCUGCUGAAGGAUGCCACAGAGUCCAGACGCAAAUGUGAGACGAUGAAAGAGCAAGAAACUCAGCUUAAACAACAGCUCUCCCUGUAUAUGGACAAGUUUGAAGAGUUUCAGAGCACUCUGUCCAAAAGUAAUGAAGUCUUCACAACCUUCAGACAAGAAAUGGAGAAG